AUGAAGUGUGGAUUGCUGGUUUCCUAGUAUUUUUGGUUAGAUUGAGAUAGACACUACUUAAGAGUAAACAAAGAAUGGAAACCCUCAAAAUCCCUAUUGCAAUGGAAUUGAUGGUGUAAUGGAGGCAUAUUAUAGAAGUUUAAAAUCUGUACAGCUUUAUGGACCAACAAACUUUGCUCCAGUAAUUAAUCAUGUAGCAAGAAUUGUGGACACCAGAACUCAAUACAGUGUUCCGGCAGCAGUCACACCAUGUGAAAUACAGAGAUAUGCUUCCUCAGUAAAAGAUGGCUCCCAGUAUUUUGUUCUUCUCAUUAUUACAGAUGGGGUUAUUUCAGACAUGGCUCAAACAAAGGAAUCAGUAGUUAACGCAUCAAAGCUUCCAAUGUCAAUAAUUAUAGUAGGAGUUGGACCAGCAGAGUUUGAUGCUAUGGAAGAAUUGGAUGGUGAUGUAGUCAGAGUCUCCUCAAGAGGAAAAUAUGCAGAAAGGGAUAUUGUACAGUUUGUGCCAUUCCGGGAUUAUAUUGACAGAAGUGGAAACCAUGUAUUGAGCAUGGCCAGACUUGCUAAAGAUGUCUUAGCUGAGAUCCCAGACCAGUUUCUCUCUUACAUGAGGGUCAGAGGAAUCAAGCCAUCACCUGCACCACCUCCAUACACACCGCCUCUUCAUGUGUUACAGACUCAGAUAUGACUACUCCAAAAAGGUUAACACUUGCCACAAACCAUGUAGAGCUACGGAGUCAGUGCUUCAGUACUGGUGCACUUUAAAGAGACAGUGAAUCGAGACCGUUGUCUGUCGGGAUGAAGUAGUAGCUUGUGAUAGGUUUUUGGAUCGAAACAAAUUCUCUUCAUAUACCAAAAUUCUCAAUAUGGUUGCAUGAGCAACUGAAACACUUUUAAACGUUAUUCUCUUCAAGUCUUAUUUUUUUCUGACUGAAAAUGCUACCUUUUCAUUUAUUUGUUGGGAGAAAGCACAAGUCACAGUUUCAACUCAGAAGAUAUUGUUCUCCCUGACUACUGUGUGUAUAUAAAUAUAUAGGAAUGCAAUUCCUCUGUAUCAACGUUUACAUGUUACUACUUUUUAAAUUUAAAUACUUUUAUAAAUAUUCUUAAGAAUAAGAGUUUGGAAUAUUGAAUCAUGUAUCUUCUAACUUGCAAUAGUUAUAGCCACAGGAGAAGCAAUAUCUCUUUGAAUGAUUGUCCAGACAAAUAAAAGCGCAAAACUAAAGAAUAAGAGGACAAAUACAUUCAUAUUUCUCAAUAACUGAAUUGCUUCACGUAAGUGCUUAGUCGUCAAUUCAUCUGUCAAAAUUUUAAACAGUAUUUGAGAAAAAAAAUCUGGAGAUGUGAAUACUGUAACUGUAUUUGACUUACUAAUAAAGCUAAACCUCAGGAAGGGGGUUACGUAUUUUUCAGAGAUACUCCAAUUUCUAAAUUUAUGUAAGUUUACAUUUUUUAAAAUAGGUUUUCCUGGCAGAACAGAACAAUUGCAUACUACGUGUAAUUAAAGAAGAAUUACCUCAAGUCCCAUAGCUGACUGACUUAACUUAGUAGAAUCAUCUCAUACAUUGCUUAAUACCAUUAGCACUUUUGCUUCUUAAAACUAUUUUCAAGUGAUUACAAUGGACUUUUUGUAAUAAACCGUUUUAAUCCCCAUUUAAAAUGUAAAGUUGUCACCUAUUGUCUAGAUUGCCAAUUCAAAGGGAUGCUGGCUCUUAAUAUUUGGAUUCAAUUGUUGUCAUCUAAUCACAUUGCUAUUCGAAGUGCACAGAUGCUAAUAUUUCAUGAAUUAACUGAUUUAAAAAUUGCACAGCCAUAUUGCUUUGUGCACAAUAGUUUUGUGUAUUUAACAACCCAACAUUUUACUAUAUGCCUGUUCGUAUCUAAUUAUAAAAUGUUUUGCAUGUACAGUUUUUACAAGAAAUUCACAGUAUUGUGAGUAUAUGUGUCAAAGAUGCAUUAUAUUUAGAAUAAAUGGCCUUAAAUCUCACAAAAUUCCUGGAAAUGAUUGUGAAUUGCCUUCAAAUUCUGUUAAGACUGAAAAAUGUUUUAUUUUUUGUGUCAUGAUUGUAACUACCUUGUAAUGUGACUUUGUUUUCUUUACAUAUAACUGGUUUAUUACUUUGUUUCUUACUUCUAUAUGUUGUACUGUACAGUAUCAAAGUAAGGCACAUUUUUUAAGCAUGAAAAGAGAUUUUUUGCUGAAAAACAUAUUUGCAGUAUUAAUGACAUAUAACUAUGUAAGUGCAGAAUCUUCCAUUUUGAAAUAUAUUAAAACUUAAAAUUAAUAUCUCACAUUGUAUAUUAUUUUUUCAGAUAACUAUUCUGUCAUAACAAGGACUUCUUUGUAAGAACAAAUAUUAUUUUAACUUUAUUUCAAACCAGUUUUUACAUAAGAACGAAGUUAAUUUUUAGUGGGCUUGUGUUGUGUGAAUGAAAUUUAAUAUCUGGCAACUACUGCUAUUAAGGAGAGAACUUCAUAAAACCUAUGUAUCAAUCUACAUUAUGUUAUUUUCCCUUCUAUGCUCUGAAUUAAUUUUAAACAUGCCAUAAUUUCUUUAUAAGAUUUUUUAAUCAUUGUAUCAAUAAGCACUUCACAAGUAAUUAAAGCAAAUUAAUA